CCGCAGUUUUCGGUAUAGGUCAGUCAAUUUGCAGUGUGGCUGAGUGAGUUUGAAUUUGUUAGACUUCCAUUUUGGAGUAAGCAGGCAGCGGAUUGACCACUUCUGAGUUAAAAAAAAGAGAAUCGUGAAGGUUUAUGAAGAAGAUGGCAUCACUCUUAGUUCACACUGCUAAAAAGCUCCCAGGUAACACAUGCUGGACCGCUGUUCUGUGUACACGAUACUUGAGUUCAACAGCACAUCUACAUGCUCAAGUUCAAACAAAAUCCAAGAAAACUUUGGCUAGAUCAGGCAUCAGAAAUGUUGUUUUGGUUGAAGGAGUACGGACACCAUUUCUUAUGUCUGGAACAGAUUACAAUGAUUUGAUGCCACAUGACUUGGCAAGGGCUGCUUUACAAGGGCUUCUCACUCGAACGAGUCUUCCAAAACAUGUCGUUGAUCAUAUUGUUUAUGGCACUGUUAUCCAGGAGGUUAAGACAAGCAAUGUUGCACGUGAGGCUGCAUUGGGAGCAGGGUUUUCAGAUAAAAUUCCUGCCCACACUGUUACUAUGGCAUGUAUUUCUUCAAAUCAGGCAAUGACUACAGCUUUUGGUCUGAUUGCUUCUGGCCAGUGUGAUGCUAUAGUAGCAGGUGGUGUUGAAUUCAUGUCUGAUGUUCCUAUUCGCCACAGUCGAAAGAUGAGAAAAACACUCUUAUCCCUAAAUAAGGCAAAAACACUGGCUCAAAGAUUAUCUCUUCUCGGAAAAAUACGGCCAAACUUUUUUGCCCCUGAGCUCCCAGCAGUUGCUGAGUUUUCUACAAAUGAGACAAUGGGACAUUCAGCGGAUAGAUUAGCUGCUGCAUUUGGAGUUUCUCGCCUGGAACAAGAUGAAUUUGCUUUACGGUCUCACACCCUUGCUAAGAAGGCACAAGAACAAGGCUUUCUUACUGAUGUCAUUAGUUUCAAGGUGCCAGGAAGAAACACAGUCACCAAGGAUAAUGGCAUUAGACCAAGCUCAGUGGAACAGAUGGGAAAACUGAAGCCUGCUUUUAUCAAACCGCAUGGAACAGUUACUGCAGCAAAUUCUUCUUUUUUGACUGAUGGUGCAUCAGCAGUUCUUAUCAUGUCAGAGGAAAAAGCAGUUGCAAUGGGAUAUAAGCCAAUAGCAUAUUUAAGGGAUUUUGUAUAUGUGUCUCAGGAUCCAAAAGACCAGCUUCUUUUGGGCCCAACCUAUGCUACUCCUAAAGUUCUGGAAAAGAGUGGUCUGACUUUGGGGGAUAUUGAUGCUUUUGAGUUUCAUGAAGCUUUUGCAGGUCAGAUCUUAGCUAACAUGAAAGCUAUGGAGUCAGACUGGUUUGCACAGACCUAUGUAGGCAAAAAAGCAAAGAUUGGGGCACCCCCAAUGGAGAAGUUUAAUACUUGGGGAGGUUCAUUGUCUCUGGGCCAUCCAUUUGCUGCCACUGGAUGUCGUUUAGUAACAACAGCUGCCCACAGACUGCAGAAGGAAGGAGGACAGUAUGCUUUAGUAGCAGCCUGUGCUGCAGGUGGACAGGGUCAUGCAAUGAUUGUAGAAGCCUAUCCCCAAUGAAAGAAAACAGACUUUCUUCAGUAAUGUCUAUUGAAUGCCAUUCCGUUGCACUUAGAAGAUACUAGAUACGGAUUUAAAUUAUUUUUGAAUCCUUAAUAAUAAUUUGCCGGUUUGCCUUGACAUUUAAUGAAUUUAAUAAAUCAGCAUAAACAACAAUAAAAGGUGACGUGAUUAGCAAAACCAUUUCUACUUCUGGAUUAUACUGUUGGAAAGAGCACAGGAAUGAUCACUGUAAUGAUUACCGGUCGAAAAUGUAAUACUGAGCAGUUUAUUUUGUAAUGCUGCUGUAAUACCUGUUUAAAGUGUAUUAAUUUCUUUAACAUUCUCGAAGAAGAAAACUAUAAUACCUAAAUUUAAUGAUCACAUUAAAUUUGUUAAUUUGAGAGACAUUGGUUGAACCAUACAUAGUGGUUUAUUCCAGAAUGGAUGUCAGGUUGGUUAAGUAAAUCAUGUAAUAAAUUGCUAAAAAAAGAGUGCA